AACCAGUGUGACCAUUACCAAUCUACCGUGUCACAGCAGGUCAUCAAUACCGUACGGUCAGUGUGUGAGACUAUAGGUGUAAAGCAGAGUACACAAGAUGUUCAAAACAGUCCCGGCAUCGUGAAAGAAACGAAUCAUGGAUUAUUUUUCGGUGAUCUUUGUGCUGACUGCAAUGAUUUUGUGCUAUUUGAACAUGAUAAAUGCUCAAAGAAGGAAUUCCUUUCAAACAAAAAACUUUCGAAGAAUGCACAGUGAUGGUUUUAAUAGGAACUCUCAACCAUCUACCUCAGAGGGACUUACACAUAAUAAAAGGAGUAUGAUGAUUAGUGAUCGCUCAAACGCUUUUAAUUUUCGUCAGAAUUCAAGACGUGAUUUCGAACAAAAAAUAAUGAAUAAGUUCCGGGACCGUCCAAAUAGGAGGACGAAUAUUUCGAAAUCGUCCUGUGGAUCCAAUACCGUCAUCAGUUAUGAAGAUAUCUCCGUCCUUUAGUAUGCCUGUAUUACCAAAGCCGGAAAUACAAAAAGUACAAAUCAACACGACACCUAGAUAUUCGCCACCUAUGACUACACUAGAACCACAAUUAAAAGUAGAAUCUGCCGUUGUUUCUAAGCCUGAUAAGGUGCCUGUGUGGAUUCGUACACCAAAUGGGAGGUCAUCAAGACAAUGGCAAAGAAACAUGAAUUACAGGAAUUCAAAUGGUAACGGACAAAAUGGAUCUGAUCGCAGAACUGAUGAAUAUAUCUACAUGAUAAAUGGGCACCCCGCAAGACAACAAGAAGAUGCAUCAAGCAACGGGCAUUUUCAGGAUCAGCGCCAAAGUGACACUUUGAAUGGCAACUCAGGUCGUCAAAUGUUUAAACCAAACAACAACAUUGUAAACAGAAAGCAAUCGUCGAUCAAUAAUGUACCUUACAACAGCAAUAAUUUGAACAAAAACAUGCAGUUUGAAAACAGCAACUAUUAUAAGAAAAACACUGUUCAUCCACUGUUUCAACACACUAUAAAUAGCAGAAAGUUUGGAGGAAUAGUAACCAGCGAUGGCAUGAGUAAUCGUAACGGACAAACAUUAAGUGAGCAAGGAGUACUCUCAAACGCUGAUGUCUCAUCUUUAAGCAACGGACAGUGGGGUAAGGGGGCACUGGCUUCGCCUGGUAACAUGAUGACACUCACUCCUAAUGAAAAUGGAAUCGGUAUGAAUCGUUUACAUACCACGACCACUAGCGAAACAUAUGUUAAUUCCUUACCAAGUACGAUGUCAAUUCGACUACCACAAAAUGGACACAUUCUGCCAAGCGUCAUGCCACAAUUGAGUCCAACUCGUAGAAGUGAACCACCGCUCCAAAGUAGUCAUUCGCGUCACCAAACAAUAGUAUCGAGUGUUAUGGAUUAUGCCCCGAUUCCUCAGACACAACAUUUUGUGAAUAACCCACUUGGCAUAAAAAAAAUACCCAUUCCAUCACCACGUCCAGCAGAAAUAUCAGUUCAACCGAUAGAAGGCUUUCAUAUCAACUCAAAACAUGUGAAGCAGAGCAAUCCUCAGCCAACAAACAUGAACGUAGGACUCCCCACACCGGGAUUCAAUCGUUCUCCAAUUCCAAGUUAUUAUAUUAACAACCAAGGAAAUAAUCCAUCAGGAAUUCCAGGAUCUACUCAAAGUACGAAGAUAGAUACUAGCAUUAACGUUUCAAACAAACAAAUGGCCCAUCCAGGACUUCCUAUUGGUAUGAUGGUACCACCUAUAGAAUAUACGGUACCGAAAUCGACUCCAGGACGAAAUUUUGGACCAAUGCCAACCCCAACACAACAAACGGGACCAGGGCCGACCAUAGGACAACAGAUAGAGCUACAACCGCCACCAUUACAACUUACAGGAUCAGAGCCGAUUAAAAGACAACGUUUAGGAACCCAACCACCAUCGAGACAUCACAGCGGACCAAGUCCAUCCAUUGGACCACAAAUAGGGCCACACCCAACAACAGGACAACACAUGGGACCAAGAACAACCAAUGGACAAUAUAUAAGGCAUCAUCCAACACCAGGACAGGGACCCAACCCAAAGCCACCAAAUCUACAUAUGAGACCAAUACCAACUCCAGGACAACGGAUCCUACAACGACCAGACCCAACUCAAAGCAUGCAGUCGAUACAACCACCGGAACAAACAAUGGGGGGCAUGCUGCAAUUAUCAGAAUCAAGGAAAACUCGUAUAGCAUCUUUACCAUCACCAUUAUCACCAACAGGAUUACAAGUAACUCCAAUACAUCCAUCUAUAUUAUUAGCAGGUAAGAUAGGUGGAAAAACAAUGCCGGAAAAACCACGACCGCCACUCCAACAUCAGCUCACAGGACCACUAAUGGGAGUGAUGCCAUCGUCAAAACCUCUGAGAGAGAAGAUAAGUUGGCAAAUGCAGUCACCGUUGCCUACAGGUAGACAACAGAGUAAGGUGUCAUCGACAUUAUUAACAACUAGGAGACAAAGCUUGAGUCCAAUGCGACCAUCUGUAUCACCACAGAGACGUCCAAAUACAGGAACUAAUAUGAGAUCAACGACUCGAAAUUUAGUGGUGUAUAUCAAUCCAAGUCAAGGUCCAAUGCCUCGGGACUGGCUACAGACAAGUGCAACAAGUUUAAUAGUUCCGUCGGUGCAACCAACUAAGAGCAACUCUGGUAUGGUAAAUGGGCAGGUAAUAUCACAUAGUACCGAUGAACCAAUAACAAUAAUUGAAACAAAAAGUAAUGACGUUGUAAAAACGUCAGGAUAUGAUAAUGUAGCAGACGUAUCAAGUGACUAUAUAUCAAUGUCAUGGAGGCGUCCGGAAAAACCUGGAUUAUCGCCCAUAACAGACCAAGUUGGAAAAGGUCAAGUGACAAUGUCAAAAAUACGAUUGGAUGACGAUAAUGGCCAUCAUAGGAAAACAAGUCACAAAAAUGAAACAGAAAAUGGUGAAUAUUCUGGCAAAGGUGUAACGAAAAUUACCAAAGAAAAUAGAAAUGGUGUGACAUCUUCGAUUUCUACAAGUGUAGUAAAAACAUCCCCCUCUCAACCAGCACCUAGAGAGUUUGUGAAAGCGCGAGGUAGAAUAGAUAGUCAUCGCAGGAGGAUAAAUACUCUACAAACAACACCGGUUUCUUUUAAGGAAAAUGCGUCUUCCGCGAAAGGAACAGUUUCUAGCUUAGACAUGUUUUUAAUUCAGGCACCAAAUAAUUUUGGUACAGAAUUGAUACCUAUCGAAAACGAGUCAAUGGCAACAUCGGAAAAAAUAGCAAACAUUCAGGGUAAGAGAACAGAAGAGAACAAUGCACUUGAGCCAGUUAUUACUUCUAAGACAUCCGAGAAACAACCAAUGAGAAUAUUUGACAUUAACGCUUUCAGUAUUAUCAGAUCUCAGUAUUUACCUAAAGAGGAAGUGCAGAGGAAAACAGAUAUAACACCCGCUAAAUCAACAACAACUUCUUCCUCGACCGUCUCAUCUUCAUCUACCUCACAAGAAAAACCUUCGAUAUCUGUGAGUAAGGCAGCGGGUUCUACAAUAGACACGCUGACUUCAAUCGCUUACAACACUGUUGCCAAAACGAAAACGUCAGACAAAGUUCAGGAACCUACAACUACAUCACCGAAAACUACUACUCCUAAACAUACCAUUAUUUUCAAGAAUAGAAACAUCAUACCGCCAGCUUUACAGGAAAUUAUGAAUGCUUUAAAGCGACCAUAUUUUCAAGCAGGAGUCCCAAUUAACUUAAAUCAAAUCUAUGCCGCAGAAACAGCUACAGAAACAUCUCAGACAGUGAAUAGAAAGGAGAUUGUGAUCGAUACGGAAAUAGGAAAUGCUAAAGAUGGACUUCAAAGCAAUUCGGAAAUAAUAAUAACAACUGAAUCAACAACCCAAACAGAAUCAUCAUCAUCAGCAGCAACAACAACAACAACACAACCACCAACGACAACAACGACAACGGCAACAACACAACCACCAUCAACAACAAUAAAAACAACAUCCCAACCACCACCUACGACAACAAUAACUACAGCAACAAUAGCAACGACAACAUUUCCCUUAACAUCAUCAACGAUGAUGCCUACAUCAGCGAAAGCGAUACCGCCGACGCUGCCCGCAAAAACAAUACCAUUUAAAAUAGCAGAAACAACAAGGACACACCCUGAUAUUCAAUGGAAAUCAAAAGAUUUGAAUAGUAUUCCUUCAGCAUCCUACCCUGUGAGUUCAGUUCCUGAGCAAACUACACAGCUGCCGUUCUUUGUAGACAAUAAUGUUAGAAAGGAAUCGAGCAUGAGUUCAUUUAUAUCCUCUAUACAGCCAACAUCUAAAGCACAUCAGAAAAGUACAUUGAGUGAUCAUGUUAAACCCAGUGUAUUUUUUGGUUUGUGGUCUCCAAAACCACAAAAUCAUUCACAUACAGGAGAGACACAAAAUAUUCUACCAACUAGUUCGUCAACUACAGGAGGUCAUACAAGUGACUCUGGAAUUUCUUACUCGACAUCAUCACAUGCAACACCUCUCGUCAUUGCGGACAGUUUACCUAAUUCUGCUGCCCCUUCUCCGACGUUGACAUAUACAGAAAGCAAGGUUACAGAAGACAAGGGUACCGGGUACGAGAUCGUGCCGGUAACAAACCUCAUUAGCGACAACCUGCAAAAGAAUAUCACCAAUUUAAGGAGGCAACUUGGCGACUUCUUCGUUCCGUCUUCAGUAAACCCAUCAACGGAGUUGCCAGCAACUAAUAAAUAUUCUACAAGCAAGACAUCUGACCAAUACCAAAAUGAAGCAAACAUUGCCACGCGUCCUAAGAACGACAGCAGUGGCCAGAAGCCAGUGGUUGCCCAUACACCUUCUAAUUACCCUAAAGAAUCCGUAUCAGUACAAAAGCCUAAGAGUGAGAAUAGACUGAAAACUUUGUUUGGUCCACGGAAGUCACCAUAUCAGGGAAUCGUUAUAGAUUCAUCCUUUACAAUGACCUUUCCCAAGGAUUCUUCGACUCCAGCUCCUCUUCCGCUAGAAAAUAAGGGUUCAUAUGGCGAAUCAAAUGAUUUCAUUAAACAUUCCAACGUCAAAACGCAAUCUUCAUCACAAUUCAAUGUCCAACCACAACUGCAGGAAUUUCCAACAAAUGUUAGCGUCCAGAAACAAAAGAAGGAACCGUCAUCAAAUUCAAACGUCCAAAAACAAACGCAGGACUUUCAAUCGAAUUUCAAGGUCCGCACUUACACACCGCGUUCUCGAUCAAGUUUUAAUGUCCCGCAACCAGCUGAGAUAUCUAAUGCGAAUAAACCGAAGUCUCGUAAUUCUAUAACAACUUUAUUUGAAGUUCCUUACUUGUUCAAUUAUAUGAAAAGCCCAUUUCCAAAUGAAGAUGCUGGUGUAAAACACAGAUUUUUAAAGCCGAAAACUGUACAAGGCGCUAAUAAACCAUUCGAAACAGCAGGGAAUUUACCCGUGCUUACCACUUUAGCUCCUAGUUCACCUAAAAUUGUCAGUGUAGCAAGCGAUAUCAAACCGAUUGUGACAACAAAAACAGAUAACAAAUAUAAUUCAUCAACUGAAAAGGCACAUUCAGAUUCAAGAAGUGACAACCAAUACAAAACUAUCAACAUGUCGACCUCAAACGGCAAACCAAAGCUAGAUGAUUCAAAACCAAGUAAAAGUAAAACCGUGAAGACCAAUGCAGCACGGCGAGGAAUUGCUAUUAAUGCAAACUUCAUGGAACAUUUACCGUUCUUUAUCGGAGCUGUAGACUCCAAAUUGUUCAGGGGAAUGCAGUUCGUGAAAACAGAGAACAAGAGGCCUUCAAGCACUCGAGUAUCUUCUAACCGAAAAAAUCCACGAACUACCACAACGCCCAUAGUAACAACUAGAUCAGCAAGGUCUACAUUAUUACCAACAACAAAAACUUCACAAACUAAGAUUGAAUACGACUUGAAAGUGUUGUGUAUGCAGUUUCUGAGAUGGAAUUCUAACGACCUCAUGUAUAUUCCGCAUCCGGGGGAAUGUUCCAAGAUCAUACAGUGUACACCAGAAGGAAAUGAAAUGCAGGCUGUGGCACGACACUGUCCUCUGGGGCUGUUCUGGGAUCCUAAUGCUCAAAGAUGUAGCGACCCCGCUGACGUUACAUGUUUUGAUGAUCCGUGUCAGAAGGGGUACUUUAAUUACACAAGUCAUGGGGGCUGUGGCACCUUCUACAAAUGUUUCGCCGGCGUCUCAGCCCCCACGUGUUGCCCGAGCGGACAUCGGUUUGUACAGUCAACCAGCGACUCCGGAGACUGUAUCUGGGACACUACUUGUUCGGAAACAUGUGAAACACUACAGUCGUCCAGUCUGAGGAAGACAGGUGGAUGUCCAGCUUUAGAGGUCGAAUCAAGAAAAGACGCAUAUUGGAUACUUCAGCGGGGGUCGUUGAUAUUGAAAACCUGUCCAGAAGGCUCUGUAUACAACCAUUCCGAGUGCAAGUGUAGGAGUAUUAUCAAACCAACCAAACCUACAAGACCUAGGACGACAAAGAAAUCCACGCCAAAAUGCCGACCAGAGUUCAAACUGACUUUCGAUGGAGGAAUCGUACAGGAUGUAUCUAACGGUGGUCUGGCCUUCAGCCAGGUGAACGUGGCGGGUACCGAUAACAACACUGCUGUGUUCAGGGAAAACGGCUACAUCUCUCUGUGGGGAUUCCAGAACAGGUACCUUGGCCGCACGUUCUCAAUACAAAUGAGAGUGCGUGCCGAUAAAGGAAGCUGCAAAUCAGGUAGGCGGAGCAUCGUCAGUAACUGUGGACCUGACGGACCAACCAGCGUAGAAAUUGCAUGUGACAAUGACAAGAUAGCUUUCAAGGCCAAUACUGAUAGCACGAAAAAACCACUGGUUGUAUGGAGAGAUAUUAAGGAUAACGAGUGGACUGACAUCAUAUAUACAUACAAGAACAACAGAUUCAGUGGCAGUGUAAAUGAAAGACGGUUUUCCAAAUCACUUACAGGUAAUCUGGAAUCCAGAAAUAAUCCACUUAUUAUUGGAAAGUGUCCAAAAUCACCCGGAUUCGUUGGAGAAAUAGAUCAGUUGGAAAUCUACACCCACUGUGUGCCAUGACCUGGAGCUAGCAAGGUAUUCCAAUCGUCUCAUCAAGUUACAUCAUUAUUUUUUUCGUCAUUCACUCUGUAUAUUAUUUGUUUGUUUAUUGACAUUAAACAUUUGAUAAAAUCAAAA